AUGUCUUCCACCGCCGCCCAAGACGAAUUGAACGAGCUCCUCCGCGACAAGGACCGCGAGACACGCCACCCGGAAGACAGAGACAGAGACAGCGACGCCUCGGACAACGAAGACGACGAGGACAGGAACAACGAUUACAACGAGAAGAUAGACACGGACGACGAGCUCGACAUCCCCAAGAACAUGGGCCCAAACUACUACCUCCCGUCCAUCCGCAGCGAGGCCAACACGGGCCCCAAGGGCGUCAUCGCCGACGCCCACGCCUUUGAACUCGCUAAGAAGCAGGCCCGGAGGUUCACGUGGCGGAAGCCCUCGCCCCCCAACUCCUCGUACACGGCUACAGCAUGGCACGACGAGAAGGGCGCACAUUCGUCCGACGACGAGACCGACGAAGGCUUCCUGCAGAAGUGGCGCGAGGCGAGGCUGAGGGAGCUGCAGAAUGCGGGAGACAGGAUAAGGAGCCGGAGUCGGACGAACAGCCCCAGCCGCAGGAUCUAUGGGACCUUGGUGGCCGUCGAUGGGGAGGGGUAUUUGGAAGCCAUUGAGAAGGUGGCGAGGGAUACCGUCGUGGUGGUUUUCAUUUAUGAUGACAUGUCCGACAUCUCUGCUCUCGUAGAGACGUACAUGCGCCAGGUCGCUGCCCGCAACGACUCGGUUCGCUUCGUGAAACUACACUACGAGGACGCAGAGAUGGAGGUUGCGGGCGUACCCGCAGUUCUGGCGUACCGCAACGCCGACAAGUUCGCCGGCCUGGUGCCGCUGAUGGACGAGCUACCCGAGGACUCGGAGCUGAGCGCCGUGAGCUUGGAGACCGUUUUCAGGCGGUGA